GGCGCUUCCGGCGGUCCCGGGGUGAUGUCGUGGGUUCGAGUGCAGCCGGUGGCCUGCGGCCCCGGGGAGCCGGGGGACGUGUUCGACGAGGAAGCGGACGAGUCGGUGCUGCUGCAGCGGGAAUGGAGGAACCACAUGCAAAGACGAGUUCAAGAAGGUUACAGAGAUGGCGUAGAUGCUGGCAAAGCAGUGGCUCUUCAGCAAGGUUUCAACCAAGGUUACAAGGAAGGUGCAGAAGUCAUUGUAAACUAUGGACAAAUUAGAGGAACGCUGAGUGCUUUGCUCUCCUGGUGCCACCUGCACACUCACAGUGUGAUUUGGAUCAAUAAAAUACAUGCUCUUCUUGAUGCACUUGGCCAGUGUGAAGAGUGUGUGCUGCAGCGUCUGAAAGCCAUAGCCUCGGGGCCCCAGGUGGGAGACUUACUAGACUCCAUUGAGGGAAUGGAUCUUGGUCACAACGUUCAAGCCAAGGAAAAGAUUGCCGAAGUUACAGAUGCAAGACUGUGUGAAAAUGGUGCUGAGUGGAACCAAAAUGGUGACAAGACUGUUGAUGGGGUAGAGGGCUCACAUUUGGAAUGUCACAGGACACAAGAGCACCCACAUCUGGAACCCCCAAGCCUCACAUGGGUUUUGGAACAGACAGCCACUUUAGUGACACAGCUGGGAGUGCCAGUAGAUAUAUUACAGCACCUCAAACAGCUGUAAACACCAUCUUCCCUUUUCUAGUCAGAGAGUUUCCCAAUGAGACAGCCAUGAGCAUUGAGCAUUUCACCUGUAGUGACCCUACUGCAGGUUUAAAAUGUCCUCCACAGGAACACGAUGAAAUUAACAUAACCUUUUUUGUCACUGGUAAUUUUUCAUAGUGUACGAUGUGCUCAGGACAUUCUAGUUACUAUCAUUUUCAAAUUUCUGAUCAAGCACUAGCAAUUUUAGAUCAUUAGCAAAAGAGAAUUAAAUAUUUUAUC